AGUGCCGUCCAGUUUGGCCAAUACAGAGGGAAAACCUUUAAGUGGAUGCUAGAAAAUGACCUAGGCUAUUCCCUCAUGGUUCUGGCUGGACAUCAGCGGGAGCCGAGGCUGGCAGAUUGGACAGAGGGGCCCUCAUGGCAAACAAGGAUGUCUUUCUCAAAUAUGCCUGCACAUUUGAGAAGGUCAAAGAAGCCAUCAAAGUGCACAGGCAGAGAGAGGGAACAUUACCUGGCCAUGAGGGCGAGUGUCUGGUGGGAUUUGGGGUCCACAGAAAGAGCACUUUUAAGGAGCUCUAUGAUGCCAAGGACAGGGAGAGGAAAAGCUAUGUGGAGUUUAUACGGAAAAAAAAGUUGACACAGACAGGCAGCAAGAUGGAUGCCCUAAAGAAAUACAUCUUGCAGAGGGACCAGAAAAAAAUUAGGGCAGCAGAGAAAAGGUCAUCCUCUGCAUCUUCUGCAUCCCAGCCUGUCCCUUCACAUCUUGCUUCUCCUCCUCCCACCCAAAGCUCCCAUUCCCAGCCAGCCACAGUAAACGAGCCAACAGAUGCAGAUCUUCUGGCUUCAGCCAUGGAGGUGGAGACACAAGCAGCACCACCUUCAACGCCGAUCCGCUCACCUCGCUUGGAGCAAAGAGCUACUCCAAGACUGUCAGCUGCUUCUGAGGUUGUUCUUCCUGAGCCCUGGAAGCGCUCCCUUCCAAAGGAGCAGCAUGAGUGGAUCAGCCGUGCUCUCUUUCGAAACCAGGGUGGCAGGGCAGUGCUGACGGAUAACCUGCAAAUGUGGUGGUACCCUCCCCAGCCACGUUUGCUGUAUCAUCAGCCUCCAUCAUCGCCAGACGUGUUCUUUACCUGGCCGCUGUGCUUGUGGAUGCCCUACAAGAUGUGGUCCUACAAGCUGAUCUGCAUCUCACCACACUGCCGACGGUCCGGUCAGCGACUGACUGCUUGUGGGCUCUACAAGACAUUGAGGCGGGUGCUGAACUUGCACGGCUGGUAUUUUCUAGCGAUGGAAUACCUGGAGUGUCAGCGCUGCCAUAAAAAGCUGUCCGCGUGGUCCUAUGACAUCUUGGACCAGCUGGAUCCGGCUCACCGCAGGAUGUUCCCAGCUAUCCUCACUUACCGGUGGCCAAAAAAACUGGCUGGGACUGCAGCUUGGGUCAACAAUGUGGGCAACGAGCACGGACAGGUCCUCAUGUCUGUGCUCACCUCACAUGAGGGUCAGGGACUGCUGCCCAUGACCACGGGGCUGGUGAGGAGAGACUGCUGCUCUUCUGCGGGAACAUCCAGAGCAGCUGUCAUGUUCAGCGAAUGGAGUGAUCUGAUGGUUCGCCUUGAUGUGUGGCACUUCAUGCGACGCUUCGCUGCAGGUCACCCACACUACGGUUUGUUCAUGGCAAAGCUCUCUGUCUGGAUUUUUGUUUGGGAUGAUGUGUCCCUGCUGAGGGAGGGGAAAAUGAGGGAGCUGGAACAACAACACGGUAUCAAAGGCCUCACUGAAGAGCAGCUGCACACGUGGGGUUGA